CAAAGAUACCGCUGCACCCAGAGGCGAUUUCUUUGCAAGGAAGGAAGCCGCUUAAUUUGUCUCUUUUCGGCCACCCACAGCUGCCAAGAUUCUGGGCCCAAGCCGGUGAUCAGUCCAGGGAAAUCCGGGAGUGUUGCAAGCUGCUCGCCCCUUCCUUCCUGGCUUUGCUGUACUGUCACCUCUCUACUUCUCUGCUUUGGAGGAGGCUGGGGGAGGGGGGAGACUUGUGUGGCCUGAGGCGAUCCCAGCUCCCACAUAAGGAGCUCCGGCUGCCACUACUUGGCCCUGGCACCCCAGCAUCUCCGGAGUGCCAGCAGCAUGGGCUCCGACGCGGUCCCUAUGGGCUCCGACGCGUUCCCUAUGGGCUCUGGCGCGGUCCCUUGGCUGGAAAGGCACUGGGCUCUGUCCUUGGUCUUGACGUUCGCCCUCGCACCACUAUUGCUGCUGGUCUUCAAGCUCUACCUCCGGCGCCAGGGACUGCUGCGAGUCAUGCGCCCCUUCCCGGGACCCCCGACACACUGGCUCUAUGGACACACAAGUGAGUAUCCUGUGGAAACAGAACUAGAGGCGUUUAAGAUGCUGCCCCAAAAAUACCCUAGUGCUUUUCCUUUCUGGAUUGGGCCCUUUCAUGCAAAUUUGCAUAUCUAUGACCCAGAAUAUGUAAGGACUUUCCUGAAUCGACAAGAUUUAAAAACCCAGCUGUUCUACAGAUUUGUAAUUCCCUCUCUUGGAAAUGGCCUGGUGAGCCUAAAUGGCAAGAAGUGGCAAUCCCACCGGCGCCUGGUGACCCCAGCCUUCCACUUUAACGUCCUGAAGACCUACAUCCACCUAAUGAAGGAUUCAGUCUCCAUGAUGCUGGAUGAAUGGGAAAAACUCCGGACUGAGGACACUUCCAUGGACAUCUUUGAGCCUAUGUCUUUCAUGUCUUUGAACAGUAUCCUGAAAAGUGCCUUCAGUGUCCAGGAUUUCUACCAGGAAAAGAGCUUCUUGAGCACCUACUUCCAGAAGGUGCACAGAACCGGAAAGCUCAUCUACAAUCGCAUGAGCAACUACCUCUAUUACAGUGACUUCAUUUACAAGCUGAGCCCUGACUUCCGGGAGUUCCAGGAUCUCUGCCAAGAAUUAAAAAAGCACCCAGCCAAAGUCAUCCAAGAUAAGAAGGCAUCUCUCAAGAAUCCAGGGGAGCAGGACAAGGUUCAAAAGAAGAAGUACCUGGAUUUCCUAGACAUUCUCUUCCAAGCCAGAGAUACAAAUGGAGGACACUUGACAGACGAGGAACUAUUGGAUGAGGUAAACACAUUCAUGUUUGCUGGCCAAGACACCGUGUCUUCUGGACUCUCCUGGACCUUCUACUGCCUGGCCAUGAACCCAGAAUACCAGAAGAAAUGUAGAGAGGAGAUCCAAGGUAUCCUGGAAGAUGGAGAUUCCAUAACCUGGGACCACCUGAGCCAAAUGCCCUACAGCACCCAGUGCAUCAAGGAGGCCCUCCGCCUGUACCCACCUAUCAUCAGAAUAUCAAGGGAGCUCAAGGAACCCAUCACCUUCCCAGAUGGACGCUCUAUCCCUCAAGGUUUGAUAAUUGUCCUGAACAUCUGGGCUCUUCACCACAACCCUGCUGUCUGGGAAAACCCAGAGGUCUUUGACCCUGAAAGGUUCUCCCCAGAGAAUAAUGAGAAGAGACAUUCAUUUGCUUUCGUGCCAUUUUCUGCUGGGACCAGGAACUGCAUUGGGCAGCAGUUUGCCAUGAUGCUAAUGAAGGUGGGCCUGGCCCUGACACUGCUCCGCUUUGAGCUGUUUCCAGAUCCCAAGAAGCAUCCCAUCCUCACUCCCCAUUUCAUUCUCAGGUCUAAGAAUGGGAUCCAUCUGUAUACAAAGCCCCUCCAGUAGCCCAGCUGGCCUGUGGUGGUGGAUAUCAUUAUCUUUAGCUAUAGCCAGUGAUGCAAACAGAGACAUGAAAAUGGGGGCUUGGGGGGAGCCGGAGUUGGCAGAGGGUUUCAAUCUUUUUCUCUGUGGCUUUGGAGUGAAUUAUAUCAUGCUAGAUCAGAGCAGUGGCUAUGGGACUGAGGGUUCUGGGGGCAUGCCUUCCUCAUUGUUUCCUUUCUGAAGCACUAUUAAUGAUGAUGAUGAUGAACCUGGGUGCCCUGAAUGCUCACAGUAAUAGACCAGGGCUAGGGGGUCCUCCAGGGCUGGAAGAAAAAAAAUACUCAGGAAGUGAACAUUUCACUGCUCAUAAUCCAGAAAACAAAUAAUCAAAUGGGACUCUAUUGCCAUGACCAAGAUCAGGUAUGAUUUUUACACAGGGUGUUUAAGCAUGGCUUUCAAGAAAGGGAAAUGCCUGAAACUGGUAGUGGCUCUCAGAGAUGCCUAGUGGGCACCUGAAGGAAGGAAUCACUGCAAGAAAGAGUACCAAGAUACCAGGGCAGGAGUUGGCAGGGGUGGGGGUAGGACUCAUUCCCUCCCUACCAGACUGUGAAUGAGCCCAAAAAGUUCAGUUCAGAUGCAGAGCAGGCCAUGUAUGAGCUGUUAGUCCACCUGGGGUUGAGGAUGAAAAUCAAGAAACUUUAUCAGGAGUAAGGAGAUGCAAUGAAAGCUGUGGACUUGAAGCUGGAGGGGUGGCUAGCACUCCAGUAGUGGUUGAUGCUAAACCAUUCCCUUCUUGCACCCCCAAGGAGGAAUGGGGUUAGAAUGAAUUUAGCUUUGUGGAAUUGUUCUCUUUAUGAGAUCAGAUAAAGAUGUCAAAGUGCCUUAACUCCCCUGACCUCAUGCCCUCCACCUGGCCAAGAAAGCAGACAUUUACUCCAAAGUAUAUUUUAUUCUUAAUGUAUGUUAAUAGGUCCUGAUUUAAUUUUAC